AUGUCUCCCUACGACACAGGACAUACAAGACCGUCCUUGCCUGCGCGACCUGUCGUCGUCGCAAGGUCAAAUGUGACGGUCUCCGUCCAGGUGCUUACAUUCUCUUUUUACCCAGAGCUCCAAGAACCAUGCACUUAUAUGUCGACGUCAGACCGCCGUAGCAGUACUGUCAACGACCCUCUUUCAUCAGCUGCGGCAUCUCCACAACUACCGACUCCUGUUACGCCUGCUCAAACACAUUCGUCGCAAUCUAGUGUCGUCGACACUCUCAGCGUUAAUGCCCCCGGUAUUCCUGGAGAAUUCACUUUCGCGGUCAAGGCUGCUGUGUAUGCCAGAUUGGGGCUACCGUCCUCCAAAAAGCGGUGCCCUAUUCUUCUAACAGACGCCCCGUUAUUUGGCUUGUUGUCUCUUCCAGGGAUUACAUAUCUCGCUAUAAAUCCUGCGGAUAAUGUCCUACCCCCGCGUAAGCAUGCCGACCACUUGGUGAGGCUGUACUGGCAAUGUCUCGACCCUCUGGAACCGCUGCUUGAUCAGAGCUCUUUUGGUGCCGCCUAUCAGGCAAUAUUCGACGGCAGUCAGAUGGAGUGCGAUGAGGAAAUUUUUCUCUGCACGCUCAACCUCGUAUUUGCUUUGUCCACACAGUUACAGGAAUCAACUCCUUCAGAACAGAGAAAUAGUGCCAGCAAAACUUUCUUUCUUCGAGCCUGGCAUCUGUUGCGUCCGGAGAUCAUCCUCUGGCAAGCAGGCUCGUUGGAAAUCGUUCAAUGUCUGCUUCUCAUGACCAGGUAUCUUCAAUGUACCCCAAAUUUACAGCAGACGUGGAUGGCACUGGGUUCGGCUGUGCGGAUUGCCCUCAGCAUUGGCCUCGACCGCUCAGAGAAGAAUCGGCCGGGGUCAGAUAGGGAGAACCAGUUGGCGCGGGAUGUUUGGCAGCAGUGCGUAUUUAUGGACAGAAGCCUUUCUUGGUCGCUUGGGCGGCAUUCCACGGUACCUAGUGUACCCUUGCUAUCCUUCGACCCAGUGCGAAAUGGUAACGAUCUACCUGAUUCGAACGGUGAGACCAAUACUCCAGUCUCUAGGAUAAUGCAGGAGUUGAACCAAAUUACCGGCUACAUCGGUCUUUCUCAGGUGCUCACGGGCAGCAGUGCAGCAGUGAGGCAGGACUUGGUUCUGCCAACCCAAGCCGAACCCAGUGCCCUUGUGCGAACUGAUGAAUGCCUUACUAGGUUAGAAAACAGACUUCCCCCCGUCCGGUACAGUAUGGCCAGUGGUGAAACUGCUAAUCCCUUCGACGGACGGGUGACUCUUCUUCGUCUCCGCCUGGCACACACACGCAUCAUGUUUCUCAGACCUGCCAUAGCGCGCCUCUCUGAAACGAGCAUCGGCGACGGCGUCCUCGAAACAUGCGCCACGCUGUGCGUCGAAAAUGCACAGAAGCUCAUCAUGCUGGUUCAGGAGUGCUCGCAACCAGACAAGACUGGACUCAUACCCUGGCGGUACCGUGUUUUCUACGUUUACAUUGCAAUGCAGCAUUUGAUAGCGGCGAUGCUGCGACCUGAUGUCUUUGGGAUUGUGGUCCGGGAGACAUGGAACAUAGCUGUAUCAGUACUUAAUGCACACGAGCACCUCAGUCUGUCUGUGAGACGAUGUCUGAGCAAGUUGCGGAUGAUGUGGCAGAGGGUCAUCGAUAUUCACUCUCCACCCACCCACGACGCUCCUCUGUCCCUCACAGACUACAACACAGGGCUCCAGGACGUCUUUGGGUAUCUUGGGUUUGAUGCUCAAAUGCCGCUGUUUGGGCUGGACGAUUCAGCCUGGCUGGACGAUCUGGAUUGGACAACAUGGUCGUCCUAG